CAGGGAAACAGAAAGGAAAACUACCAGAACUCCGUGACAUAUUUUAAGUUGCAGUUUGUACUCCAAGCGAGCAACACCUCUCCAAGCCUCCAGAGCCUCCUCAAGCCCACGCACAGCACCGCUGAUAGCAAGCCCAGGGAGAACUUCGAAGAAAGACGUCCCGGUGUAUCAGCUCUCAGCUCUCAGCUCAGCGACAGCAAGGUAUUGACUUUUGACAUCCUGAUUCUCAAGGUGCGCCUGGAUUGCGACAUACAGACUGACAUGGAAAACUACUGCAACAACAUCUGGAGGAGGAAGCGGUUAUUUUUUUUCAUUCUGCUUGGUGUCGUGAUUAUCAGUAUUAUUCAAACGCACCUCCGUUUUGAUUCCUUCAUUCAAGGAUAUACCUUCAACACGUCAAACUGGUUUCCACAAAGAACAGAUCGUCAACAGCACCAAACAGCCGAUUGUUAUACGCGGAUCACUCACGGUAUUUCCUGUAAGAAAAUUGUAGCGGGUGAUGCUAAAGAAAUAAAAAAAGCAAAUGAAAUUAUGACCAAAGAGUUUCGUUCAAGCUUUUUGCCUGAAAUUUACCCAUCUCUAACACAUGACUGUCAACGGUAUAAAAGAACACGAGGUUUCAUAAACAGCACCAUGACUCCCGGCGAAAGGCUGUUUCCCAUUGCCUUCAGUAUUCUGGUGUAUAAACAUGCAGAACAGGUGGAGAGGCUGCUGCGAGCAGUAUGGCGGCCACAUAAUGUAUACUGCAUACAUGUAGACUCGAAAUCUAGUAGCAUAUUCAAAGGUGCGAUACAAUCAAUAAGUAAAUGUUUUGACAAUAUCUUUCUUCUUCCUAAACCAGUCAGUGUUCGGUGGGGAACCUACACAGUGCUUGAACCGGAACUACUAUGUAUGGAAGCUUUGUGGAAACAUAAAACUCUUUGGAAAUACUUUAUCAACCUAACAGGCCAAGAAUUUCCUUUGAAAACUAACUAUGAAUUAUAUAGGACACUGGAUGCGUUUAAUGGCACAAACGAUAUUGGCGGAGGAUAUAAAAGGGCUAAUUUUAAUAGAUGGAAAGGCCGUGGAGACCCUCCCCACAACAUCAAACCACGGAAAGGCAGCGUUCACAUCGCUGCAUCCCGGGGGUACGUCGACUACCUUCUUCACAAUAAUGUGUCACGUGACUUACUGACGUGGGUAAAGAAGACCGGUGUCCCAGAUGAAACCUACUUCGCUACUCUCAACUACAACCCUCACCUCAAGGUUCCAGGGUCUUAUAAAGGAGAUGUGGACGACGGGCUCCACGAUUUGAUGAUCCGCUACAAGAUAUGGUACCAACCUACUGUAUGUUCCGGGAAGUUUGUUCGUGCGAUAUGUGUCUUCUCUGUCGGUGAUCUAGUUCGGAUGACAUCCUCGCCCGGACUCUUUGCCAACAAAUUCUUCUACGACUACCACCACCUCGCUUACGACUGCCUAGAUGCCUGGUACCAGGACAAGGUGGCACAAGAGCUGCAAGGACGUCUGGACUUCAACACUACAUUCUACAGCAACAGAUGGGUGGUCAGAAACCACUUCUAGACGAUUGCCGGAAUGGUGGAAAUCUGUUUAACAGCUUCUUAUCUGCUUCAUCGAUAACGCAUAACGGUUUGUGACGGUGUUACCGAUGGGACAAGAUACGCUAACCUUAAGGCGAACAACUCAUAUCAUCACUAUUUGACAAUGAUUCAUAAACCAAUGAAUUCAGUUUUAGCAGAGAAUUCUUAUGAUUAUGGAAAGAGUUUUGUCCCUAUUUUUUGAAUGAAUGUACUUAUUAUGUAUAUAAACUGAUUAAUGUUUUAUUAAAUGUUUGGAAUUUGUCAGGCAAUAAUAAAUGAGAACCUGUAGUUA